AAACAAAACGUAUAAAUAGCUGGAGUUAAUUUCAUCUCCAAGGCCUCAUCAUGUCAUCCGUGUAUACCAUUUUAGUAUUUUUGUCAGCCUUCUGCUUCAUAAAUGGGUUCAUAACUUGGAUAGAACCGCGUUUACCUUUACCUGGUAGAAGAGCACCACCCGGUUCACCCUGGCCUCAUCCACAAGUAUGGAUCUCCUCUCACAAAAGAUUAUCGAUAGACAUUCAAAAUUUCGUCUUUACUUCGAACGCUAGAAGUUGCGAUAUUAUCGAUCAAGGACUGUGGAGAUACAGAAAUUACGCUUUUCCCGACAGUAAAGGAACUAAAGAUGCUUCUGUACCACAGCUAACCGGUUUAGGAGUCGAAGUCGAGGACAAAUCCUGUGGUUAUCCUAAACUAGGAGAUGACGAAUCUUAUAAAAUCGAAGUUCCCGAUAGCGGAGAAGCUAAAAUUACAUCUAAAACAGUGUGGGGUGCAAUCAAAGGCCUCGAAACAUUCAGUCAACUAGUUUAUCAAGAUGACAAGACGCGAGUCUACUACAUUAACAAGACAACAAUCGAUGAUUUCCCUACCUUUACCUAUCGUGGCAUCUUAUUGGAUACUGCUAGACAUUUCCAGCCAAUGAAAGUGCUCAAACAAAAUUUGGAUGCGAUGGCUUUUAAUAAAUUCAACGUUUUCCACUGGCAUUUAGUAGACGAUCAAGCAUUCCCUUUCGAAAGUAAAAUCUUCCCAAAUCUUACCAAAUUAGGAGCCUACAGUCAAAAACACAUUUACACUCAAAAAGAUAUGAAAGACAUCAUCGAGUAUGCCAGGUUGAGAGGUAUACGAGUUAUGCCCGAGAUAGAUACACCAGGACACGCUUAUGCUCUGGGACGAGCCUUUCCACAUCUGUUAACGCCCUGUUAUGGAGAAGGACCAGAUAAACCCUACACAACAAAUUAUCCUGAACAUUCUGAAGCAGAAACUUUGUAUCCAAUACAAAAUGAGACUUACGAAUUUCUUAGAAUAUUAUUUGGAGAAGUUAGAAGCUUGUUUCCCGACGAUUACAUGCAUCUCGGAAUGGAUGAAGUUUACUACGCCUGCUGGAAAUCGAACCCACAUAUAAAAGCCUUUAUGGAAAAGAAUGGUAUGAAGGAUUAUAAUGAGAUCGAGCAAUAUUACGUUAGAAAUGCCAUUAAAGUGGUUAAAGACGUUGGUUACAAGUACAUGACGUGGCAAGAUCCUGUAGAUAAUGGCGUAACGAUGGCACCAGAUACAAUUGUAGAAAUUUGGAAGGAUAAAUAUCUUGAUCCGAAUUUGGAUUAUUGGGAAAAAUACAUAACGCCAAUAGCUAAGAAAGGAUAUCAAAUGGUUCUAUCAGCUUGUUGGUAUCUUAAUUACAUAGAUUACGGACAAGAUUGGAAAAAAUAUUAUAAUUGUGAUCCUAGAGGAUUCCCAGGAACCGAAGAGGAGAAGAAUUUAGUGAUUGGAGGUGAAGCGUGUAUGUGGGGAGAAUACGUAGACGGAACUAAUCUCAUAGCCAGAUUAUGGCCUAGAGCAUCAGCUGUGGCAGAAAGAUUAUGGAGUCAUGCAUCGUUGAAUAAUACGGAUGAUGCUAGCUUCCGUUUGGAUCAGCACAGAUGCCGAAUGCUCAGGUAA